UCUGAACGAUGUUAGAAUGGAUGAAAAGCGGACGUGAUGAUAGCUCGUAGAGUACGUUAAAGGUUAAUUUGUUCAACUUUGGCCCGUGGCUUUGUUCAGUUUUAAAUUUUGGCCCACUCUGUAUUUGAGUUUGACACCCCUGUGUAAAGCCAUAGGCUUGCACAAGUUCCGUAAAUAAUCCAAAUUUGGAACACCGCAUCAUAGUUUUCACAGCUUUUUGGUUGUUAGAGGUAGAGAGCGUUUUAACGUAGAGUUGUAAUUCUUUUUUAAAGGCACAAAAAAGAGGUCAUGUAAUGAGAAACUUACAUUUAUGAAUAUAAAACUUAGCCAAUAGUAUAAUGAGGUUGCAAAGGUAAAAUUAAUUUUCAAAUUUUUUUUUCAUACAGUGUAAAUCCAAAUCGCACAAAUGUGUCAUGAAUAUCGUCCAAGAUGAAACUGCCAUAGUGAUCGAGGGUUUGCACAAGUCCAAAACAGGUGGUAAACAGUCUGAGGAUGCAUGUUGCAUAAGGUGCAGGUUUGAUCACCGCUGACCACCAUGAUCGACGUCAGAGCAUGGGCAGAUUACGUGGUGGAGUGGGCUGCCAAAGACCCCUACGGCUUCCUGACCACCGUCAUCCUGGCCCUCACGCCCCUUUUCAUCGCCAGCGCCGUGUUGUCGUGGAAACUGGCCAAGAUGAUCGAGGCGAGGGACAAGGAGCAGAAGAGGAAGCAGAGACGCCAGGAGAACCUGGCCAAGGUGAAGAGGAACUAGAAGGACUUUGUUGUGUUAUGUAACAGGGAAAGUGGGGGCCAUCAUGCGACCCAGUAGUCCCCGCUUGUGCCUUACCACCCGCACAGACACUCUAACUCUGUGCAAGGAGCAGGAACACUGGACCGACGUCCCACACGUGCUAAACGAGAUGGACGUUCCCCGUUUAGAGGAAGCUCGUCCAUGUUGGACUUGCCUCAGCAAGACAUUUUUGUACACAGCUGUUGCUGCACAUUCCAAUAACACCUCUGUUCCAUUCAAUUAAUGACUUCUUCUCUCUAUAACAAUUUCAUUUUUUAACAAUAAAGCGCUCAUGGAUCAUUUUAAAA